CCCCAGCGCGCGGGUGCGCCUUGGCGGGAAGUUCGCGUGCUUCCGGCUUAGGGCCCAAGGACUCCACGGCGGUGUUUUGGUCUGUUGGACUCAAAUCUAGGGGCUCGGCGUGCGCGCAGCUUCGUUGGUGUUUUCAUAAAAAUCAUAGCGAACCACAAACAUUUCAGGACAUGAAGUAAAUAAUGAACGACUGUUCUGUUGGAUCGACGUUCCUGACCGACAGUUUGGAGCUGGAGCUGAAGACAGAAUGGUGUAAUCCCCCUUGCUUUUCUUGUGCUUUUGAUAACAGAGGAGGCAAAAACUUUUCUGGAGAAUCCUACCUUGCUAGUGGAGCUCUUAAGCGGCUAAUUUUAAAUCUUGAUCCUUUACCAACUAAUUUUGAAGAAGAUACAGUAGAAAUAUUUGGCAUUAAUUGGGUUACAGAAACAGCCUUAGUGAAUUCGUCUAGAGAGCUUUUCCAUUUAUUCAGGCAACAACUAUACAAUUUGGAGUCCUUAUUACAGGUCAGCUGUGAUUUUGGGAAAAUAUCAACCCUACACUACAAAGCAAACAAUAUUAGACAGCAGUGUAUAAUAUUUCUCCAUUAUAUUAAAGUUUUCAUCUUCAGAUACCUGAAAGUACAGGAUGCUGAGAGUCACAUUCCUGUCCAUCCCUAUAAGACUUUGGAGGCUCAACUUCCCUCAGUGUUGGUUGAUGAACUUCAUGGAUUACUUUUGUAUAUUGGACAUCUAUAUGAACUUUCCAGUACCAGUCCAGGAGCAUUUGUAAAUCAAAACCAAAAUAAGCUUUUCCCACCAUCCUGGCAUUUACUACAUCUGCAUUUAGAUAUCCAUUGGCUGAUACUAGAAAUUCUUCAUGUGCUGGGAGAAAAAUUGAAACAAGCUGUAUAUGGUCAUCAGUUUAUCAGUCUGGCAGGUGACAGUUUAUCCAAUGUCAGCCUAUUUGAAGAACACUGUGAAAAUCUUUUAUGUGAUUUAAUAAGCCUGUCGCUUAAGAGGUAUGACAAGGUUAGUCCUUCUGAAGCAUUACUGAGUGAUCAUUGUCCGUGUUCAUGCAUAAAAGAAUUAUGGAUUCUACUCAUACAUAUUGUUGACCACAGACACAAAUGGUCUCACUCAGAAUCAUUUUGGAACUGGUUGAAUAAAAUACUUAAAACACUCUUUGAAACGUCAAAUGAACAAAGAUCUUCAAUGCCAGAGAUCCAUUCCAGAGAUCCAUUGGGUUUUAGCUGGUGGAUUAUUGCUCGUGUAGCAUCAUAUUACCAGUUUGAUCGGCAUGGAGUACCAGAUGAAAUGAGACGGAUAGAAUCAAAUUGGAACUUUGUGGAAGAACUGCUGAAACAGUCCAUCAGUGUUCAGGAAGGUGUACUAGAAGAACAAUUACGAAUAUAUCUUCACUGUUGUUUGACAGUUUGUGAGUUUUGGGAACCAAACAUUACAAUUGUCAACAUUCUGUGGGACUAUUACAGUAAAAACCUGAAUAGUUCCUUCACUGUUUCUUGGCUUCCUUUGAAAGAUCUUAUUAAUAUCAAGUCUCCUUUGUCUAUGCUUGAAAUGGUGAAGACUUGCUGUUGUGAUAAACAAGAUCAUGACCUAUCUAAAUCCUAUAGUAGUUACACUAUUUUUCUUUGCAUUCUGGCAAUGACUGUUAAGAAAGCCAUGAAGAACAAUGGUUCUCAUCCUUGGAAACAAGUCAAAGGAAGGAUAUAUUCUAAAUUCCAUCAAAAAAGAAUGGAAGAACUAACUGCAAUCGGACUGCAGAACUUUUUCAGUCUUUUUCUCCUGUUAGCAGCUGUUGCAGAAGUGGAAGAUGUGGCAAGUCAUGUUUUAAACCUUCUGAAUUUCCUCAAGCCUGCUUUUAUAUCGUCUCAGAGACCCCUCAUUUGGAAAGGUCAGAUGGCAUUCCUCUUGAUGUAUGCCCAGAAAAAUCUAGACAUUGGGGUUUUGGCUGAGAAAUUUUCAUUUGAGUUCCAAGAGAAAGCAAAGGAAUUCUUGGUAUCUAAGAAAGAAGAAAUGAUACAAAGACAUUCUCUUUGGACACUUCUCUCCAUCUACAUUGAUGGUGUUCAAGAAGUGUUUGAGACCAGCUACUGCUUAUAUCCUUCCCAUGAGAAACUGCUUAAUGAUGGAUUUAGUAUGCUUCUUCGAGCCUGUCGAGAAUCUGAACUUAGGGCAGUGUUGAACUUUCUACAAGCUGUCCUGGCCAGAAUCAGGAGCUUUCAUCAACAAUCGAGUCAAGAGCUUCAAAAGAAGGUAGACCUAGCUGUGCAGUCCUCAUUAUUGGCUAAAGAGCGCCACCUUGCUGCAGUUGUCAGUGCACUUUGGAGACACUUCUUUUCGUUUUUGAAAAGUCAGAGAAUAGCAGAGAUUGUGCCUGUCUCACAACUUGCAGAUGCUGCUGCAGAUUUUACUUUGCUAGCAGUGGACAUGCCAAGCACGGCCCCUUCAGAUCUUCAGCCUCAACCAGUUAUAUCAAUAAUUCAGCUUUUUGGUUGGGAUGAUAUCAUCUGGCCCCAAGUUGCAGCAAGAUAUUUAAAUCAUGUACUACAAAAUAGCACAUUAUGUGAAACACUUUGUCAUUCAAGCAAUGUAUCUUUUCAAUCCUCAACUAUAAGAUCAUGGAUCCGGUGUGUUUUGCAAAUGUAUAUAAAAAACCUCUCUGGUCCAGAUGAAUUGCUCAUUGAUAUAAAUCCUGAACAGGCAGUUGAAAAAGACUACAUGGAACAGUUGACUGAACUGACAAGGUUAAUAUUUAAACUCUCAGAAGUAAAGAAUAUUUUCUCAAAGGCUCAAGUUGAAUGUUUACCUACCCCAGAAGAUCCUAAAAAAGCACUGAUUCAUUUCCUUGAGGCUGUUGGUAUAACUUACAGGAAUCUUCAGACGCUUUCUGAUAAAUCUGCCAUGGUCACAAAGUCCCUAGAGUACCUUGGUGAAGUAUUAAAAUACAUAAAACCUUACUUGGGGAAAAGAAUUUUCAGUGCAGGGCUCCAGCUGACUUAUGGGAUGAUGGGAAUUCUUGUUAAAUCAUGGGCACAAAUCUUUGCCACCUCUAAAGCCCAAAAAUUGCUGUUUCGAAUCAUAGAUUGUUUAUUGCUGCCACAUACAGUGUUACAGCAAGAGAAGGAAUUGCCUGCAGCUAUGCUCACUGCGAUCCAGAAGAGCCUUCCUCUAUAUCUCCAGGGCAUGUGUAUUGUAUGCUCUCAAAAUGCAAAUGCCUACUUGAAUCAGUUACUAGGCAAUGUUGUCCAGCAGUACAUCGGGCGGUUUCUUCCAGCUGCACCAUACGUUGCUGGUCUUGGACAGCAUCCUGUUUUGUUGGCACUGAGAAACUCAGCCACUGUUCCAUGGAUAUCACCUCUGAAGAAAUGCAUCGUACAGGUUAUAAGGAAAUCCUACUUUGAGUAUAAAGGGUCUGCACCCAUUCCUCGCUUGGCAUCCAUUUUGGCCUUCAUUGUCCAGCUCUUCAAGGAAACUAAUAUAGAUUUUUGUGAGAUUGAACUACUCCUGCCUGGCAUCUUAAAAUGUUUAGUGUUGAUCAGUGAACCCCAAGUUAAAAGGCUGGCCACAGAGAACCUGCAGUAUAUGGUGAAAUCCUGCCAAGUGGGGUCAGAAGGAGAACCUGCCACCCAGCUGACUUCCGUGUUUAGGCAGUUUAUCCAAGAUUAUGGAAUACAAUAUAGUUAUCAAGUUUACAGCGUUUUAGAGGUAGUGGCAACUCUGAACCAGCACAUUGUCAUCCACUUGAUUUCUACCCUCACUCAGUCUCUGAAGGAUUCGGAACUGAAGUGGGGUCUUGGCAAGAAUACUGAACAAAGGGAAACCUAUAGAAAACUUUUAUCUCACCUAGGACAGGCCGGACAACAUGAAAUACAGAGACUGGAAAAUGACAUUACAUAAUAUAUUUUAUGAUUUAUUCUAUUAUUAUUGCUGACUAAAACCACUUUGUACUGCUCCAAUUUCUACUUUAAUUAAUUGUAUUUAUUUGUAUUAAAAAUAAUUUCUAGGAUUUUUUCCCUAUAUGGCUGUAAGUAUAAAUAUACAAAUAAGAAAAUGAAGGUUUUAAUUAGUAAUUAUGUAAUAGGGUCCCUGGGACUUUAUAGAAUUGCAGUAUAUUUUGAAAAGACUUUAGUUAAAGCUUUUCUCAGUAAAAGUGAUCUCUGCAUAUGAGUAUGUACUGGUCCAUCCAUGGACUUGUCACUGUAAUCUAACUUUGUCUGCAGAUUGGUUUGCUGGGUUGUUUGUUUUAAAGUUUCUGUUGUCCUAUGGUACUUUUUCAGAAUACCUGGCACUUGUCUGGGGUUUUGUUGCUGCCUUUUGCGGAGAGCCAGAGGGAUGUCAGAAGAUGAAACCAUAGUUAUUUUCUUUUGUUACUGUGUGAGAGAAAUUAAUGAACCAAACCCUUCCAAAGCUUACUUAUAUUCUCAGCAAUCAGAACCCCACUAAAGGAUUAUACAGAUGAUAUCUUUAAAAAGUUUUAAACAUGCCAGUAGUAUUUAUGUUUAGUUUCUAAGAAUUGCAAGAUGUUUUUCUUAUCUUUUCUAUAGGAGUUGUCAUCAAGAAGCAUAUCAGGAGGAAGAACUACAGAGCCUUUAAGAGAAUAAAUAAUAUUCUGAAAAGUUAUGAUUGCUAGUAAGAGAAGCCUGAGAGGUCAGCAGAUUCAUUUCCUUGCUCUUAGAACUUGGCAUCUUGUAUGUUUACGGAGAACCUAUAACUACUUUGCCGCUGUUCUCACAUUUUUCCAGUUAGGCCUGACUGCUUUUGGUGAUAACCAUUAUAUGGUAGAAAGACCUUGCGUUCUAGUGCUUGGAACCCACAUAUGUUGUAAGCAUAGCCCUGUUUUAUGAUCUUGAGCAAGUUACUUGCCUUUUGUGAGCCUAUUUCCUUAAUGGAGAAAAAAAAAUCAUUUUUUAAAAAUUUCACAAUGAAUCAGUUUUGAGUAAUAUAGGUGAAAGUAUUGGUUUAUAUUGUUUAUUCAUGAGAUAAAAGUAAAGAAUACCUCUCAAAUAUUUUUUCUUUAAUGAUGCAUCCUAGGUGAAUGACCCCUUUUUUUAGUUUUUCAUACAUAUCAUGUUUUAACUUAAAAUAUUUUUUUCCCUUCUUGGGAUUAUAAUCUUCUGUCAUUCUUUCAAGGAAACAUUUUAGGAUUGGACAGGUAGCUCAGUGGUGAAGCUUUGCCUGGUGUGCCCAAGGCCCACAAUCUCCAGCAUCACCAAAAAAAAAAAAAAAAUCAGCCUGUUUCUGGCUCAAAAAUUGUCUUUAAAAGUGAAAUAGAGGCUGAGAAUAGAGCGCAGUGCUAGAGUACUUGCCUAAUAUGUACAUGCCCUGGACUUGAUCCUGAGAAUGGCAAAUGGUAAUGACAAAAAAAUCACAUCAAAUAAAUAAAUAAAAUUCAAUGGGUGUUCUCUAGUUACUGUAACUAGAGAAUCUCAAGGUAUACCUGUUAUUUUCAUGACUAAAAAUGGCCUGUGUAGCCCUAAAAUCAACUGCCAUUUCCACAAAUAAAAGAUUUCUAAGGCUGCUUAAA